GGGUGAUUUCUUGAUGUUCGCAGUGUUGUGAAACGUUUAGUCGCAUAACAGAUAAACUGAGUGAGGGUGAGCUAGGUGUGCGAGCGUUGCAUGGGAUGUUAUGCUGUGGGCGCGCUCCGCAUGUGUGCAGCAGCAACAGCAGCAGCAACAGACAUCAUGAACAAACGGCAGCAGUCGUGCGACACGUUCAACAUCUAUCACGAGAAGCAAGUGAAGGAACUCUGUGCUCUCCACGCGCUAAACAACCUGUUUCAAGAGGAGAACACCUUCACGAAGCAAGUUCUAGACGAGAUAUGCUUCAACUUGUCGCCAGACCACAUAGUGAAUCCACACAAGAGCGUGCUAGGGCUCGGUAACUAUGACGUCAACGUCAUCAUGGCCGCUCUGCAGAUGAAUGGCUGUGAGACGAUAUGGUUCGACAAGAGAAGGAGCAUCGACUGCCUCAUCUUCAAGAACGUGAAGGGAUUCAUCCUCAACAUCCCCACCGACUACAAGUGGGGCAUCUUCCGGCUGCCGCUCAAGCGCAAGCACUGGAUCUGCCUGCGCGAGAUCUGCGGCCUCUACUACAACCUCGACUCGAAGCUCGACCUUCCCGAGCUGAUCGGCCGCGAGCCGGAGCUGCGCCGCUACCUGCAGGAGCAGAUCAACGCCAAGGACAAGGAGCUGAUCCUGGUCGUCAACCGCGACGUCGAGCGCAACAAGACGUGGCGCAUUCCCGACCCGGAGUUCUCGACGCCGCGCAAGAGCAAUAAGCACGGCGCCGCGCCGGCGACGGCGGGGGGCGGGACGGCGGCCGACGGGACGCCGCAGCGCCGCCGCCACGACUCCGCCUCGCAGCAGCAGUAUCGCCAUGGCGACCACUCGGCGACGGCGAUCGAUGCGUAA